AUGCCAUACGCGUUAUCUGAAUCUCACAAGCAAUUAGUCGAAGGACACUUGAAGGACAUUGAUCCUGAAGUUGAUCAAAUUAUCAAGGAUGAAAUCGAUAGACAAAAGCAUUCCAUCGUUUUAAUUGCCUCUGAAAAUUUUACUUCAACUGCUGUUUUUGAUGCCUUAGGAACUCCAAUGUGUAACAAGUACUCUGAAGGUUACCCAGGUGCCAGAUACUACGGUGGUAAUGAGCAAAUCGACAAGAUGGAAAUUUUGUGCCAAGAAAGAGCUUUGAAGACCUUCAAUGUUACUUCUGAUAAAUGGGGUGUUAAUGUUCAAACCUUAUCUGGUUCUCCAGCUAAUUUGCAAGUGUACCAAGCUUUGAUGAAGCCUCAUGAAAGAUUAAUGGGAUUGGAUUUACCUCAUGGUGGUCAUUUAUCUCACGGUUAUCAAACCGACUCUAGAAAGAUUUCGGCUGUUUCAACCUACUUUGAAACUAUGCCUUACAGAGUUAACUUAGACACCGGUUUAAUUGACUACGAUAUGUUAGAAAAAACCGCUGUCUUAUUCAGACCAAAAAUUUUAGUUGCUGGUACUUCAGCCUACUGUCGUCUUAUCGAUUACAAGAAGAUGAGGGAAAUUGCCGACAAGGUUGGUGCUUAUCUUGUUGUUGAUAUGGCGCAUAUUUCCGGUUUAGUUGCUGCUGGUGUAAUUCCUUCUCCAUUCGAAUAUGCUGAUGUUGUCACUACCACUACUCACAAGUCCUUAAGAGGUCCAAGAGGUGCUAUGAUCUUCUUCAGAAGAGGUGUUAGAUCUAUCAACCCAAAGACCGGUCAAGAGAUCUUAUACGACUUAGAAAAUCCAAUUAACUUCUCUGUCUUCCCAGGUCACCAAGGUGGUCCUCAUAACCACACCAUCGCAGCUUUAGCCACUGCUUUGAAACAAGCUGCCACUCCUGAAUUCAAGCAAUAUCAAGAUCAAGUAUUGAAGAAUUCCAAGAUCUUAGAAGAAGAAUUCAAGAAUAAGGGUUAUACUUUGGUUUCCAAUGGUACCGAUUCCCAUAUGGUUUUGGUUUCCUUAAAGGAUAAACAGAUUGAUGGUGCCAGAGUCGAGACUAUUUGUGAAAAGAUCAAUAUUGCUUUAAAUAAGAAUUCUAUUCCAGGUGAUAAGUCUGCAUUAGUCCCAGGUGGUGUUAGAAUUGGUGCCCCAGCUAUGACCACCAGAGGUUUAGGUGAAGAAGACUUCAAGAAGAUUGUUUCUUAUAUUGAUUUCGCUGUCAAUUACGCUAAGGAAAUACAAGCUAACUUACCAAAGGAUGCUAACAAGUUAAAAGAUUUCAAAAACAAGGUUUUGAAUACUGAAGAUGAGAAAUUACAAGCUGCUAAGAAGGAAAUUUCCCAAUGGGCUGGUGAAUUCCCAUUAUCAGUCUAA